UCCCACGCCCGCCGGCCGCCGAGAUGGCGCUUGCGCAGCGCGGCUCGGCCCGGGUCGUCCCCCUCCUCCCCUUCCCCUAGCAACGGUCGUAGCGCCCGCCUCCGUCCUUCGGCCGCGCUCGCGCACGCGCGCCCCUUCCGGCCGUCCGGCCCCGCCCUCCCCGUCACCCGUAACAACCACUGGAGCCUCGCCGCGCCCCUCCCUUGCCCGCCCCCCUCCCCCCUCCCGGUCCACUCCCCGGAACCGGCGGCGGAGCUGCGAUCGCAGGCGGUGGAACGGCGACGGCACCCCGGAGCCGCCGGCAUGAGCUCCCCCCGCCGCCCCGCGUUCCGGGCCCGGCCUUUCUGACAAGAGCUAGACUUUGGGCUCCUUGAGUAUUUUCCAUUUUGUACUUUGGAAUAGCCCCUCACCGUAUCCAGCAUGAAGUAACCUUCUUAAUGAUUAUCCUCAGCAGGACAGGUGUGAGAAGUUUGCUGUUGUGUUACAAUCAUGGUGCAGAAAUACCAGUCACCAGUGAGGGUGUAUAAACACCCCUUUGAGUUAAUUAUGGCUGCCUACGAAAGGAGGUUCCCUACGUGUCCUUUGAUCCCGAUGUUUGUGGACAGUGACACCGUGAACGAGUUCAAGAGCGAAGACGGGGCCGUUCACAUUAUAGAACGGCGCUGCAAGCUGGACAUAGACGCACCAAGGCUGCUGAAAAAGAUUGCAGGAGUCGAUUAUGUUUAUUUUGUCCAAAAAAACUCACUGAACUCUCGGGAACGUACUUUGCACAUCGAGGCCCAUAACGAAACGUUCUCCAACCGGGUCAUCAUCCAUGAACAUUGCUGCUACACUGUUCACCCUGAAAACGAAGAUUGGACCUGUUUUGAACAGUCUGCGAGUUUAGAUAUUAAAUCUUUCUUUGGUUUCGAAAGUACAGUGGAAAAAAUCGCAAUGAAACAAUACACCAGCAACAUAAAAAAAGGGAAAGAAAUCAUUGAAUACUAUCUUCGUCAGCUGGAAGAAGAAGGCAUCACGUUCGUGCCCCGUUGGACUCCGCCUCCCAUAGCUUCCUCUUCAGAGACGUCCUCGUCCUGCAAGAAACAGGCGGCGUCCUCGGCUGCUGUCGUCUCGGAUGCUGCCCAGGCGGAGGGGCUGGGCGGCGAGGCCCUCAGCAGCCCCAGCGGGCCGCCCGAGCCGGCGGCGGGGACCCCUGAAGACAAACUAGACGCAGACUACAUCAAGAGAUACCUGGGGGACUUGACCCCGCUGCAGGAGAGUUGCCUGAUCCGGCUUCGCCAGUGGCUCCAGGAAACCCACAAGGGCAAAAUUCCAAAGGAUGAGCACAUUCUUCGGUUCUUACGUGCCCGGGACUUCAACAUCGACAAAGCCAGGGAGGUCAUGUGUCAGUCUUUGACUUGGCGGAAGCAGCACCAGGUGGACUACAUCCUCGAUACCUGGAGCCCCCCCCAGGUCCUCCAGGACUACUACGCCGGAGGCUGGCACCAUCACGACAAAGACGGCCGGCCGCUGUACGUGCUCAGGCUGGGGCAGAUGGACACCAAGGGUUUGGUGCGAGCGCUCGGGGAGGAGGCUUUGCUGCGAUACGUUCUCUCCAUAAACGAAGAAGGGCUGAGACGGUGUGAGGAAAACACAAAAGUCUUUGGUCGACCUAUCAGUUCGUGGACCUGCCUGGUGGACCUGGAGGGUCUGAACAUGCGCCACCUGUGGAGACCCGGCGUCAAGGCCUUGCUGCGCAUCAUAGAGGUGGUCGAGGCCAACUACCCCGAGACGCUCGGCCGCCUCCUCAUUCUUCGCGCCCCCAGGGUGUUUCCCGUCCUCUGGACGCUGGUUAGUCCAUUCAUCGAUGACAACACCAGAAGGAAAUUCCUGAUUUACGCAGGAAAUGACUACCAGGGUCCUGGCGGCCUGCUGGAUUACAUCGAUAAAGAGAUUAUUCCAGAUUUCCUGAGCGGGGAGUGCAUGUGCGAAGUGCCCGAGGGCGGACUGGUUCCCAAAUCUCUGUACAGGACCGCGGAGGAGCUGGAGAACGAAGAUCUCAAGCUGUGCACCGAGACCAUCUACCAGUCCGCCAGCGUCUUCAAGGGAGCCCCGCACGAGAUCCUCAUUCAGAUUGUGGAUGCCUCUUCGGUGAUCACUUGGGAUUUUGACGUGUGCAAAGGGGACAUCGUCUUCAACAUCUACCACUCCAAGAGGUCGCCCCAGCCUCCCAAAAAGGACUCCCUGGGGGCGCACAGCAUCACUUCCCCGGGAGGGAACAACGUGCAGCUGAUAGACCGAGUCUGGCAGCCGGGCCGUGACUACAGCAUGGUCGAGUCCCCUCUGAUCUGCAAAGAAGGGGAGAGCGUGCAGGGCUCGCACGUGACGCGGUGGCCGGGCUUCUACAUCCUGCAGUGGAAGUUCCACAGCAUGCCGGCGUGUGCCGCCACCAACCUGCCCCGGGUGGACGACGUGCUGGCCUCGCUGCAGGUGUCGUCCCACAAGUGCAAAGUGAUGUACUACACCGAGGUGAUCGGGUCUGAGGACUUCCGGGGCUCCAUGACCAGCCUGGAGUCCAGCCACAGCGGGUUCUCGCAGCUGAGCGCCGCCACCACGUCCUCCAGCCAGUCUCACUGCGGCUCCAUGGUUUCCAGGUAGUGCCGCCGCGCCCGUGCCCGGGGCGCGGAGGGGACAGCGCGCCUCCUCGGACGGCCCGCCGCGCUCCGCCCCCUGCCGGCGGCCGCGUUGUGCCGACUCGUCCCCUCGUAGGCAGCGGAUAGCUCUCCAGACGGCAGACGUAGUCCUCCGCCCCAGACCCUCUCGGCAGGUAGUUUUAACUCUAACUCGAUAGCCAUAGAUUUUGUACACAGUGGGCACAAAAUCAAACCAGAGCACAAGGGCUCCCUCGAAAGGCAAGCAGCUCGUGUACACUUAAGACGUUGACUUUGUCUCCGAAGCUGAUGCAAAAAACGUUUCCGACAACCUCCACACGCUGCCCGAUAGCGGGUGGGUCCCCACACCGUCCUUCAGAGCCGAGCCACCCCCCUCCACGGAGCGGAAGCUGCCCGCCGGUCCCCACCUCGCGUCGCACAGCCGACCCGGCCCGCAGGUUGAGUGGCCGCCUCCGACCCCCCCCCCCCCGCCCCCCGACCCCGACCCCCGUUCCCGGGGGCAGACCUGCUACGCCGCCGGGAGGCCUCGGGGGCGGCCGGUGGGAGCGCCGAGCUCUGCUCCCGCGGGCAGGUGCGUCCGCGGUCAGGGGACCCUCGGGGACUCCCCCGUGACGCCAGGAAACCACCGCCGUCAUUAAACACUUCCUCUUGCCUCCUUUUCACACCUUUUUGAUACUUUCAGAGCAGGAUUUUUCUGUAAGCGAACCCACAGGGAAGGGAUUCUUGCCCUCUCCCGUGGCCUGGCGUCCUCUCUCCCUGCGGACGCUGGUUCAGAACUCCUUCCAGCGUUAAUCCCGGUGCCUCCUCAGAGCCUAACAGCAUCGGGGCCCCGGUGGUCCUUCUCGUCACUGGAGGGGUAUUUUGAAGGCCCAGUCGCUUUGGCCACGUUGAGAUCGUCCGGUGUCCACUUCGGCCAACCGUGUUCUCGCCGUGCGGCCGCUCCGGGAGAGCGCGCGGCCCGCGGGAGCCCCGCUGCUUUGUAGAAGAAAAGUGCAGACUUUGGGGGUGUGUUUGCGGGUGCGGGCAUGCGGGUGGGGGUGGCAGUGGGGCGAGUGGGUGUGACCGUGGGGGUGCCUGUGGCAGCAGUGGGGCGCACGUGCAUGUCGACGCGUGUCAAUGCGUGCAGGGGUGUGUGUGAGUCAGUACUGGCGGGGGGGGGGGGACGCGUGCGUGUGAGACCGAGCACGAGUGGGUGGCAUUGAGCAGGGCGGGGGGGGGGGGUGUGGGGGGGUAGCAGUGCGAUGCUGGGGAGAAACGGGCAAGUAGAAAGUGAGUCCAAGUUACGAGGGAUUCUUCUAGAAGCAAAUCAGAACAUGGGCUUGCUUUGCCUUUUACGUUUUCUUUCUGACCCCGGCGACAGAGCACGGUCUGUCUCGUGGUGGCCCGUGGUUUUUUCAGCUUUUUACGGGAAACACGGGUCAUUCACAGAUCCGACUGCAGGUUGCAUCGGGUUCGCGUUUGUGAUAAGGACGUGACGUGUCGGGUGGUGUCGGAAGAGGCUGCGUCUUUAAAGAUGCGUGCCAAAACCCACGCGGCCGCUCUGGGUGUGCGUGAGGGGCACGUGCGUCCCGGGCCGCGGUGCUCGCGGUCUGCUCUGAGGGCCCAGGUGGGGUGGCCACGCAGCGGAGGAGCGAGUGGAGGGCGCUGUGCUCCCCUGCGAGCACUGAGGCGGGAGGGACGCCCGGUCAGUGCGGCUCCGGGGUGGCCUGCACGCUGAGCCCUGGGCUCCUCUGGGACUCCCGGCCUUCCCGGGGCGCAGCCACCGGCUGCUUUCGGAAAGAUACGCUCGUCAUUGGCACCUAGAGCCUUGUUUCCAGAAAGCACGGGCGGGUUGCUCACACCCGCGCUGCUUCCGAUCAGCGCUUCCUCCUUCCUGGUUCUAAGGACCUGAGGUGGUCCCUUCCUUCUCUUUCUCUCUCUGUGUCUCAGAUGGCGACUUUGCUGCCAGCUGUCAGGAAAACGCUUCCCUCCACAGCCCACCUCAGCCCAGGGAUGUUUGUAGAACUGUUUGAGUUGCAGCCACCCCCUCCCCCAGUCUGAAGAUGUGUUCCUUUUAAGUUGACUCGGAAGUGUCCCUGUCCUGUCCCCAGGGAGUUGAGUGCCGCCGAGAGUUCGGAGCACGUUUGUAGGGCUGGCUCACGGCCACGGCACCUGCUUCUCCCGGGAGGGGCCGCGGGCCCACGGGUCUGGACCGAGCCCCGACUGUCAGUGCCCCGCACUUCUCCCCCGCACUAAGGGUCCUUUUGGUUUCCCUUCUAUGACUAAUGUCUUAACUCCUUUUUCUUCCUAAGUUCCUUAUUUGCGUAUCAGAUUCUGUAAAUGUUUUGUAAACAUAUUACCUCACUCUUGGUAAUACAAUACUGAUAGUCUUUAAAAGAUUUUUUUACUGUUCUCGAUAAUAAACGUGAACCGUUUAAAGAAAA